AUGAUAAAUCCAGAGAAAGAUGUAGCUUUAAAAGAAAAACUGAAAUUUUUAGAAAAUAACCUUAAUCAAUUUGACAAAAUACAGACAUAUUGGAUAGAAACUUUUGAUUAUAGGCAAAACUUGCUUAAAAAUUUCGAGACGUUGUAUGGAGAUAAACAUGACAAGCUAUUUUUCAAAUGGGAUUGUAUAACCGACAAGUUAACUACAUACUUUUCCCAAAACAAAUCAAAAUCUAUAAAAUUAUAUACAAAAACGGAAAAUAGUUUGCAUGUUUUUGAGUUACUCUCAAUACUUUUAGCUCCUUCGGCGUAUAGGAAAAAGUCAACAGAAAACAGACGAGUGAAGUUAACAAGUUACGAACUUUUAAGUUCUUUUUUAUUUUUAGUAAAGGACACUAGCUUACUUCUAGAGAGCCACGAAAAUUUGAAAUCUAAUUUGAGAAGUAAAAGUCAGCGCUUGCAGCCAAGCUUAUUUCUUGUUGGUGAUUCUUACGAUGAUAUUCAGUGUUCUUACGUAUUUGUGAAUGACGUGCUUUAUAUAUUGGAUAGCCCAUUAGUUGCCAUUGACGUUUGUUUCAAAAUAAUACAUGCAGUAAAUGCGGAAUAUCAGCAGGACUGUGAAAUUAUUUGGAUGUUUUUGCAGAAGUUUGUGUACGAAAUAUCCACGAAAUAUGAUAAAACAUACAGCAGACUUAAUUCAUUGAUGUCUGAUUUGGCUACGUAAGUCAACUACUAUUUUUU